UGGUCAGUAUCAGUCGUUGAAAUUACGAGAGCGGGCCAAAGGCGAGGUCAUAAUCGUUUGACGACACGACUUGUUUUCGACUUAAAAGCGAAAAGAAAUCACCAAAAGUUUCAGUUGCCAUCGAAUAACAAUCAAUCGAAGACGUCACGAAUUCCAUUCAAAUAUGUCAACGGACAUGAGUGCGAUACAGCAAAGUAAGGCGCUUCUGCGCAAGCAGAUCAAGGAAAACAUCGGGAAAAUUCCAAUGGCUGAUCGUGAGCGUCAAUCAGACUUUGUUUACCGGCAGUUGAUUAAUCUACCAGCGUUCAAAAAUAGUCAGCGGAUUUCGGUGUAUCUGAGCACAGCGGACGAAAUCAGCACCGAUGCGUUCGUGAGGAAGAGCUUCGAAUUGAACAAGCAAAUAUUUGUGCCAAGGUAUCGCGGCAAUGUGAUGCAGAUGGUGAAGUUGGAAUCGCUGCAGGACUGGGAAACUUUACCGCUAACCAAGUGGCUUAUUAGGCAACCGAGUGUGCACGAUGUACGUGAUGAUGCGAUGGAAACCGGGGGUUUAGAUUUGGUUGUAGCUCCUGGGGUUGGUUUUACCAAAGAUGGUUGGCGAAUGGGCCACGGUAAAGGAUACUACGAUUCUUUUCUUACCAAACUGAUAGCAUCACAACCAAAACGACCAAACAUUGUAGCUGUCUGCUUCAAAGAGCAGCUUGUUGAAAACCUACCGAGACACGAUCACGACGUACACAUCGAUCAAGUCAUUUAUUCAGAACAUUGAAUCAUUCCACUUUAUACGAAGUUAUAAAAUACCAAAUAAAUGAAAAUAUACAAAUCA